GGAUAAACACACGCAGCGACGAAAAGUCUCACACUCUUCCCUGAGCGCGUGAGAGAAACGGAUGCUCUGGCGCACAUAACUCGCAAGCGAGAGCGAAAACGGAUGAGCUACACCCUUCGCACUCGCCGCGCACUUUUCGUUUGUAUGAUGAAAUGGAAAUAUAACGGCUAGUGAAAACGACAUUGUAGACAUCCCAGUAAGAUGCAAACGGAAGAAAAUUAUUUCGCUUACUGUUUGGAUACGAACACCAACAUAAAUUACUUUGUCGUACCGUCAAAGUUUUUGAAACCAAGACCAAAAGCAAUAAAUUCGAAACCAGGAGUUGCCUGGGUCACUCUUGGUCAAGACUUCUGGGGAGGUGUGUUCCAAUCAGCAUGGCUAAAGUCUUUGGAGAUGGACCCUGACGAUGGGUUCUUCCUGGACAAAAAACCCGACAAGGAUUUCGAGCACUUGCUGACCGAGGCAGAGUACAAAGAUUGUCUCGUUCUUGCCACUGCAUCCUCAGUCCAAGAAUUGCAAGUGUUCGUUCAAACGUGCAACAUCAAAAUUCCAAAGAAAUACAAACGUUUGGACUAUUCUGACGCUUCAGGAAGUCAACAACUCAACGAGACGCAGCAGCAAAACAAGCAAUUAGAGAGUGCCGAAUCCAAUCAGCAAACGAGUAAUAAAGACAUUUCAACGGCCUCAAAAGGAUCGGAGGAGUCAAACUCUGCCACAAUAUUUCCGGGAGGAGCAACUCCUUUCGUUCUGCCACAAGAGCGCAAAGAAAUUGAUUUGGAAAAACCGAUCGAGUCGCAUGAUGUCUCGGAGAAUGACUAUAGAGGCAAUUCACACAUUCGACCUAAAGGGGUUGCGAAUUUAGGAUUUUUUGAAUCUGAAAAAGAUGGAAUGGUCAACAGAAAAAACGCAGACAAUGUUUGUGUCCUGGUCAUUCACUACGAUUUCAAAAACGAUCCUGAAUUGAUCCGAAAUGGAGACGCCCGUGACGUAAAACAUAUCGAGAGAAUCUUCGGGGGAAACCGGAAUUGCAAUUUCCGUAAUUUCCGAUCACCGAACAAAAAGACUUUGCUUCAACUUCUGGGUGACCAAGAAAAGCUUUUACAGUACUUUAACUCAAAAGAUGACGUGCCCUCUGUUUUCGUGCUUUUCAUUCUCUCUCAUGGGACUGAAAACGGAACAAUAUUGACAGACCUUUUAGAUAGUGAAACAAACAAAUACGAAUAUUUCACAACAGAUGAGGUUUUGGACUCAUUGCAGAACCUUAAGAAAUUCGAAAAAUGUCUGAAAGUUGUAAAUUUUGGGCCAUGUCGGGGGAUGUUGGUGGAUUCAAAGUUCGUCAAGAAGAAUUCAUACCCAAACUAUAAAAACGACAAUUCAUGCAGAAUCACCAAUCGCCCAGGAAUGCACAACUACGUCGUGUUCUAUUCGACAGUUGAAACGACAUUGGCUAACACUGAUGAAAAUGGUUCAUGGAUGGUCCGAAAUAUGUGCACGUGUCUCGACAGCGCUACUGAUGAUGAGUCCUUGUUGAAAUUCUUCACUAUUGUUCAGAAUCGCAUGCAUCAAGAGUCGCGCUCUUUAAUGAACCUAGCAAAAAACACUCAUAUUGGGCAGACACCAGAGCUCAAAAUGUUUCAACAAGACAAAAAAUUCAUUAUCUCAAAGGCGAAAAUCCCAGCAAAACCUUCUUCAAACACUGAUGGGUCUGGAAACGUGAGCAAAGUCUCAAAUGAAAUACAAUCCGUCAACUUCUCCUGGAAAUCAGAUGAGGGACAAGAUAUCAGGGGUCGUAGAUGUUUCAUUUUAUCCGUGGUCCGAAACAAACAAGUGCAAGAAAUGACAAGAGCUCUUCAGAACCUGGACUUCGAAAUCACAGACUGGACACUGAGUGGUAAACCCCUGGGAUUUUAUUUAAAGACAGUAUCUGAGUUGGAACCAGACGUGGGCUGCAUUUUGACCUGCAUAUUUGGUCCUGUGUGUGAAAAUGAAGAGAAAGAGGUUUGCGUGCGCGUGCAAAAGGGUAAAAAUAUUCCAAUCAAGGACAUCCUCUACAGCUUGGUCGGCCCUAGAAACGACAAAUUGAUAGGAAAGCCGAAAAUUCUGUUCGUUGUUAACGUGGAAGCACCAAAGACUGACAGUAUUUCUUUGGACGUGAAAGAUUUACAAGUGUCUGCAACAAACCACAGUGGCUGGCUCGUUUUGAUCUUAAAAUAUGAGGAUUCAUCAGAGAAGUUAAUUCAACAACUUGGAAACAUCGGUGACAAAAGCCUGCAAGAACUUCUGGAGCCUCUGCUAACUCGUGAGUCCAAUAGAGAAGAUGCGGUUCUUCUCAAUUCUACUUUGCAGUAUAUCUUAAAAUUUCCGAUUUGGCCGAGAGCAUUUGUAAAUCCCGAUUUCAAGCUGAAAACGACAAAAAUCCCCCGUGACCAAAUGGUUGCUUUCGGAAAUUCUAAGGAAUAUCCUAUUGGGGAAAAGAUCGAUUUAGAUACAUUAAUCAAAAUGGCAAAAAGAUUGUUUGAGGAAAACAAAAAAUCAAUUGAGAGUCCACUUCAGGAAAUGAGCCAUGUUGAAAAUUCAGAAAUAUUAAGUGAUAUUGAAACUUCGAUAAAGUUUAAUCAAGUCAGAGAACUAGAAUCUAUCUCUGAGGCUGAAAAUUCUGCUGAAGCGAGCAUUGUUUGGUUGUUUAAUUCAGUUGCUAGAGCUGGCAAAUCGACCGUUCUCAAAGAAAUGGCGCACCAACUAACCAAACAAGAUGGAGGUUUUAAAGUUCUGCUAAUUCCUCUCAAAAAACAUUAUCGGUACUUAUUUGACAUGCCUGCAAUGAACGUGAAUGAAAUCGAAUUUCUCGCCAAGACAUCUUGCAAUUCUCUUGACGACAUCAACAACUGGAUUGAGAAGAGAGAACUCAUUGUUUUCCUCGACGGAUUCGACGAAGUGUGUCCAGAUUUCAGAGAUAAAAUCAUACACAUUUUGAUUGCAAUAAAUAAAGCAAGAGUUCCAGUCUUUAUCGGAACCAGGCCUCACGAAGUGCACCACAUUCAAGAGAGGAUACAAAACACGACGAUAAUUGAGAUCGAACCACUUGAUGAAGCAAAGCAAAUAGAGUUUCUGCGGAUUGUUGGCCGAAAGAAUGAAAAAGAUAUCAAUCAAUUGAGGGAAAACUUCAAAGACAAAGAUAUUCUGGGAAACCCACUCUAUCUCAAUUUGUUGGCCGAUUACAACGGUGAUGGAAACUUGUACGAAAUCUUUGACACAAUAGUGAGGCGAAAAGUAGAAAUUUGCUUGAAGAGAGAAAACGGUGGCAAAGAUGUCGGAGAAGAGAAGAUUGAAAAUUCAUUGAAGUUCAUUCAAUUGGUGGCCUCUCGUUUUGUGACAGGAGUGAAGAUUGACCAAGGUAGUGUAACAAAGGAACUUUUGGAGGAGAUGAAUGCUUUUGGAGUUGUGACAUAUUACAAUGACACUGUAAAUUUCACUCACCAAGUGUUUGCAGAAUUUCUUACCGCGCAAAAAUGUAUAUACGAUUUAAAAAAUCCAGUAUCUGAAAGAGUGCCAUUGUUCAAUGAUGAACUGAUGCAGUGCAGGAAGUUUGUCGACCUUUUCUUUUCCACAGAAAUGGGGAAGGACACGUCGUUCAAAGAAGCUUUUACGGUUUUUGCAAAAUCAACCGACAAAUUGCAAUUAGUCAAACAAAUAUGUCGAGAGAAUUUGAGGCAAAUGUUCAAUUUUCUCAACCCCGAUCUCUCAUUAAAAGAUGAAGACGGAAAAAACGCUUUUCACUUCGCAUUGAGGCAUCUUGAAAUGGCCAAGAUGGUGCACGAAAAGAACAGCAUGUUAGCAACCGAAAUAACAAACAAUGGAGAAAACUGUCUCCACCUGGCGAUUGAUGACGAAGAAUGCAGCGAGAAAGUGGCUCUUUGGAUCAUGCAAAACAUUGAAGUGGACAAAAACGCUGAAACCAAAUCUGGGGACACACCACUUUUGCUGGCUGGAAAAAGAAAAAAAUGGGAAGUAGCGCAGCAGCUUGUAUUGAAAUACAAUGUUGAAGAUAACAAAAUUGAUUCAACGGGAAACACAUUUUUGCACUAUGCUGUCCAGUCAAAUAACAUAGAUUUAGUGCGAGUACUUCUUCAAAGGGGCUCAGAUGUCAAUUUCAAAAAUAAACAGGGAAACUCAGCCCUCUACCUUGCUGCUGGGUUGAAUAAAAACCCACAAAUCGUAAAAAUUUUGCUACAAAAAGGUGCCAAAGUCAAUGCAAAAAACAAUGAUAACUGGACCGCAAUACAUUGUGCCGCUUCAAAUAAUCCAAAUGUAGAAGUGAUCCAAAAGCUGCUCGAAAACGGCGCCGACGUUGAUUCACAAACUAAACUAGGAGCUACAGCCCUUCACCUAGCUGCUCGGAAUAAUAAAAACCCAGAAAUUGUCAAACUUUUGCUUGGAAGCGGUGCCAAAAUAAAUGCAAAAGAAAAUGAUAACUGCACCGCACUACAUUGUGCCGCUUCAAAUAACCCAAAUGUAGAAGUGAUCCAAAAGCUGCUCGAAAACGGCGCCAACGUUGAUUCACAAAAUGAAGAAGGAACUACAGCCCUUCACCUAGCUGCUCGGAAUAAUAGAAACCCAGAAAUUGUGAGACUUUUGCUUGGAAGCGGUGCCAAAAUAAAUGCAAAAGACAAUGAUAACUGGACCGCACUACAUAAAGCCGCUUCAAAUAACCCAAAUGUAGAAGUGAUCCAAAAGCUGCUCGAAAACGGCGCCGACGUUGAUUCACAAACUAAACUAGGAAAUACAGCCCUUCACCUAGCUGCUCGAUAUAAUGAAAACCCAGAAAUCGUGAGAAUUUUACUGCAAAAAGGGGCAAAAAUAAAUGCAAAAGACAAUGAUAACUGGACCGCACUACAUAAAGCCGCUUCAAAUAACCCAAAUGUAGAAGUGAUCCAAAAGCUGCUCGAAAACGGCGCCAACGUUGAUUCACAAUCUAAACUAGGAGCUACAGCCCUUCACCUAGCUGCUCGGAAUAAUAAAAACCCAGAAAUUGUCAAACUUUUGCUUGGAAGCGGUGCCAAAAUAAAUGCAAAAGACAAUGAUAACUGCACCGCACUACAUUACGCCGCUUCAUGUAACCCAAAUGUAGAAGUGAUCCAAAAGCUGCUCGAAAACGGCGCCGACGUUGAUUCACAUACUAAAGAAGGAUAUUCCGCCCUUCAAUGUGCCGCUUCAAAUAACCCAAAUGUAGAAGUGAUCCAAAAGCUGCUCGAAAACGGCGCCGACGUUGAUUCACAAACUAAACUAGGAAAUACAGCCCUUCACCUAGCUGCUCGAUAUAAUGAAAACCCAGAAAUCGUGAGAAUUUUACUGCAAAAAGGGGCAAAAAUAAAUGCAAAAGACAAUGAUAACUGGACCGCACUACAUAAAGCCGCUUCAAAUAACCCAAAUGUAGAAGUGAUCCAAAAGCUGCUCGAAAACGGCGCCAACGUUGAUUCACAAUCUAAACUAGGAGCUACAGCCCUUCACCUAGCUGCUUGGAAUAAUAAAAACCCAGAAAUUGUCAAACUUUUGCUUGGAAGCGGUGCCAAAAUAAAUGCAAAAGACAAUGAUAACUGCACCGCACUACAUUACGCCGCUUCAUGUAACCCAAAUGUAGAAGUGAUCCAAAAGCUGCUCGAAAACGGCGCCGACGUUGAUUCACAUACUAAAGAAGGAUAUUCCGCCCUUCAAUGUGCCGCUUCAAAUAACCCAAAUGUAGAAGUGAUCCAAAAGCUGCUCGAAAACGGCGCCGACGUUGAUUCACAAACUAAACUAGGAGCUACAGCCCUUCACCUAGCUGCUCGGAAUAAUAAAAACCCAGAAAUUGUCAAACUUUUGCUUGGAAGCGGUGCCAAAAUAAAUGCAAAAGACAAUGAUAACUGCACCGCACUACAUUACGCCGCUUCAUGUAACCCAAAUGUAGAAGUGAUCCAAAAGCUGCUCGAAAACGGCGCCGACGUUGAUUCACAUACUAAAGAAGGAUAUUCCGCCCUUCAAUGUGCCGCUUCAAAUAACCCAAAUGUAGAAGUGAUCCAAAAGCUGCUCGAAAACGGCGCCGACGUUCAUUCACAUACUAAAGAAGGAUAUUCCGCCCUUCAAUGUGCCGCUUCAAAUAACCCAAAUGUAGAAGUGAUCCAAAAGCUGCUCGAAAACGGCGCCGACGUUGAUUCACAAACUAAACUAGGAGCUACAGCCCUUCACCUAGCUGCUCGGAAUAAUAAAAACCCAGAAAUUGUCAAACUUUUGCUUGGAAGCGGUGCCAAAAUAAAUGCAAAAGACAAUGAUAACUGCACCGCACUACAUUACGCCGCUUCAUGUAACCCAAAUGUAGAAGUGAUCCAAAAGCUGCUCGAAAACGGCGCCGACGUUGAUUCACAUACUAAAGAAGGAUAUUCCGCCCUUCAAUGUGCCGCUUCAAAUAACCCAAAUGUAGAAGUGAUCCAAAAGCUGCUCGAAAACGGCGCCGACGUUCAUUCACAUACUAAAGAAGGAUAUUCCGCCCUUCAAUGUGCCGCUUCAAAUAACCCAAAUGUAGAAGUGAUCCAAAAGCUGCUCGAAAACGGCGCCGACGUUGAUUCACAAACUAAACUAGGAGCUACAGCCCUUCACCUAGCUGCUCGGAAUAAUAAAAACCCAGAAAUUGUCAAACUUUUGCUUGGAAGCGGUGCCAAAAUAAAUGCAAAAGACAAUGAUAACUGCACCGCACUACAUUACGCCGCUUCAUGUAACCCAAAUGUAGAAGUGAUCCAAAAGCUGCUCGAAAACGGCGCCGACGUUGAUUCACAUACUAAAGAAGGAUAUUCCGCCCUUCAAUGUGCCGCUUCAAAUAACCCAAAUGUAGAAGUGAUCCAAAAGCUGCUCGAAAACGGCGCCGACGUUCAUUCACAUACUAAAGAAGGAUAUUCCGCCCUUCAAUGUGCCGCUUCAAAUAACCCAAAUGUAGAAGUGAUCCAAAAGCUGCUCGAAAACGGCGCCGACGUUCAUUCACAAAUUGGGGAAGGAAGUACAGCCCUUCACCUAGCUGCUCGGAAUAAUAGAAAUCCAGAAAUUGUGAGACUUUUGCUUGGAAGCGGUGCCAAAAUAAAUGCAAAAAACAAUGACAAAUGGACCGCACUGCAUAAAGCCGCUACAUUUAACUCAAAUCCAGAAGUGGUUCAAGAGCUGCUUGAUCAAGGCGCGGAAAUAAAUGUAGAAAACGACUGCGGAAGAACUGCUUUAUUUCUCGCCGUAAAGCAUAAUCCAGUGAAAAGAGUGAUUACAAAAUUGCGCGAGCAUGGGGCCAAAGAAAUCAAUGACAAAGAAUAUAUAUUGUUUUAGAAACUCAAAACUCUUGAAUUCUGAUAAAUUGAACCGACCGAUGUCACACAAGUAAUAACAUAUGUCAAUAUACAGAUGUAUGUAAAUGAGGAGUACGGGUCAAGACUAUAAAUUAAGCGCUCCUGCUCAGGGAAGCAUCAUUCUGAUUCUGAGUUUGCUACCUGACGACUCUAGUAAGUCUGUCAGGGCAGGAGCAAUACAGCUCAGCACGUUAGCUUCAUUCCUAACCCUGAAUCAUAACUUGUUAUCGGCAAGGGGAAACCGACCUGCGGUUUCCUCUGUACAGCGCGGCUGUCCGUCAAACUGUUCAUCCGGUUGACGCCGAUUGCAAGAGUCCCUUACUUUAGUCCGCGCGACCGGUCGACUUUUCCAAGUCGUCGUUGGAGUGCCCGUCACGUUUAGCCUUUAUUUGAGCAUUUCAAACCCUAAUUUCCCUAGACUAGCCGUAGGCCGCUACGAAAUCUUAAUGAAAAUUAUUCUGAUGUAUCGUGAAGUUAUUGGAAAGGCUUUCUGUUAUUUAUUAUAAUAUAUUUUGUUUUCUUAAAAGUUAUACUCGUAGACUAUAUUAUAUGAGCUGUAUCUGUAAAUUAUGCCACAAAAUUUUACAUGAGAAUCGCACAUUAUUUGCAAACUUUAUGCUGCAAGUCCUCGGUGCGGAGGCAAGUGGCCCUUCAGUGCGCUCGGUCCCUGUGCGGCCUGGUGCGCCCAUUCAAUCCGUUUGCGGUGUUAUUGGGACCCAGGUUUCAGCAUUCGUGCUAGUGCAGUGCGCGCCCUUCCCGCUCCUCGGCCAGGGAUUGAAACGAAAAAAAUGUAUACUAUAUAACAAACAAAAUAACUUUUCAAUUGUUAAAAUUAGUUAAUCUAUUUAUGUAAGAUUGAAGUAUUGUUGGACAUAUAAAAAAGGGUGCAAACUUAUCUGUAGUAUAAUUCAAAUAUGUUUAUAGCAAUAUAUGUAUAUUAAAUGAAAAAUCAGAGUGACCUACUGUUAGACCUAGAUGUAGCAUAUUUAAUAUAAUUAAGGAGUUUUUGCUUUUAUCAUUUUGUUACUUUUUUGUGGAAUUAGAUUAAUUACGAAUGUAAAUAGUAUGGAAUGAAUGGGAUAUAAACAUGUACUAUCAUAAUUAAAAAUAAAACAUUGUUUUCUGUAAAUAAUGUUUUGAACUUUUUGCUUAUCCGCUUAUAAAGUGUAUUAGUGUGAAAAAUUGCUGUGAGUACUCAAAUCUGACCCUUUCGCUUGGUAGAUUUUAUCAUUUUUGUUUUGGCUCAACUUAUUAAGAAUAAAAAAAGAUUAUUUUCUUA